ACCAGGCAGCGAUUCUCGUAACACUGCUUCAAGGACUGAAAAAAAGAAGAAGAGGGAAACACUGAAAUAAACACAGUAGCAGCAACCAAAGAUUCAAACUUUAGAAGUUUCAAAGACAAAACACAAAAACACAAUUACAAUUCGAUCCUCAUGGACCAAUCCACUACCUCCUCUUUCUGCAACUUAGGGAUUCUCGAUUCCCUCUCCAACGAUUCCAUAUGCGAAAUCCUCCGCUCCUACAAUGGUUUCUGUGCCGCCACCCAAACCCUCCUCGCCGCCGUGGACGACCUAUCCGCCCGCCGCGACUUCGUUGCCCAUGUUCACUCCCUCUGCAAACAUGGCCUCGAUUCCCUCGUCCGAGACCACUUUCUUCGCGUUUUGGAGGAAACGUUUGAGAGAAAUGGGGCGUCGAGGUUUUGGCGCCAUUUUGAGCCUUACAGUAAUGUUACGGGUUUGAACAAGAAUGAUGAUCUUGAGAUUGACGAGGACGAGAUUCUGAGUGUGUUGCAUAGUGCUUUGGAAGAAAUCUAUUUGGAGAAAGGGUAUCAGGAGAAGUGCUUGUUAAUGUUGGUCCAUGCUUUCCAAUCAUACAAGAAGCAGGUGUCCAGGGACACUCGUGAUCUUGAUGCAGAGAGGAAUCACCUUACCACUAAAUAUCAAUGGAUUGUCUCCUCUGUACUUACGGCUACGCUUCCUAGGAAUUUCCGUGUUAUACUGCAUUGGUAUUUUAAAAGAACAUUGGAGGAGUUAAGUACAAGGAUGGAUGAGGAGUUGCAAGAUCAUGAAUCUCAAAGCAAGGAUGGCAUGGAUUUAGACGAAAAAGGAAAAAUAUGCAACAAGGUUGGCGAAAUGGAUGUUGAUGAAUGCUAUAAUGACAGCAGGUACUCAGAAAACAAUAAACUUGUGAAUAGCAUUGGAAAAGUUGUUCUUCAUCUAAGAAGUCUUGGAUUUACUUCUAUGGCAGAAGAUGCUUAUGCCUCUGCUAUAUUUUUACUUCUAAAGGCAAAAGUAUAUGAUUUAGCUGGUGAUGAUUUUAGGAGUUCUGUUCUACAGUCUAUUCAAAGCUGGAUACAGGCUGUACCUCUCAAGUUUCUGCAUGCCCUUCUUGUCUAUCUUGGAGAUUCUGUUAGUUAUGAGAGUUCUUCUUCAGGUCUCAAAUCACCUUUAGCAUCGCAACCAUCGUCAUUCUGUCCUGGAAUCGAUUCUCCUUCUGAAGGGCUUGUUAGAUGGAAGCUGCGGCUGGAAUAUUUUGCUUAUGAAACACUGCAAGAUUUAAGAAUUUCCAAAUUAUUUGAGAUUAUCGUUGAUUAUCCUGAGAGCUCUCCUGCAAUUGAAGACUUAAAAUUGUGUCUUGAAUACACGGGACAACAUUCAAAGCUGGUCGACUCAUUUAUUUCUUCACUUCGUUAUCGCUUGCUCACUGCAGGCGCAUCAACCAAUGAUAUAUUGCACCAAUAUGUUUCAACCAUUAAAGCCCUGAGGACAAUAGACCCUGCAGGUGUUUUCCUUGAGGCUGUUGGUGAACCAAUAAGGGAUUAUUUAAGAGGAAGGAGAGAUACCAUAAAAUGCAUAGUGACCAUGUUGACAGAUGGGACUGGUGGGAAUUCUAGUGCAUCUGGAAAUCCUGGAGAUAGCCUUCUUGAAGAGCUGAACAGAGAUGAAGAAAUUCAAGAGGAUGUUGGUAUUGACGAUGAUUUUAACACUGAUGAUAGGCAAGCAUGGAUUAAUGCUGCACGCUGGCAGCCUGACCCUGUGGAAGCAGAUCCACUAAAAGGAAGCAGAAACCAAAGGAAAGUUGACAUACUUGGAAUGAUUGUUGGCAUUAUUGGUUCAAAAGAUCAAUUAGUUCAUGAAUAUCGAACUAUGCUUGCUGAGAAACUUCUAAAUAAAUCUGAUUAUGAUAUUGACUCAGAGAUUCGGACUUUAGAACUCCUCAAGAUACACUUUGGAGAGAGCAGCCUACAAAAAUGUGAGAUUAUGCUCAAUGAUUUACUUGGCUCAAAGAGAACUAAUACAAACAUCAAAGCUACCAUAAGUCAACCAUCUCAGACAAGUGGAGAAAAUGCAAUAUCCAUGGAUACGAUUUCUGCCACUAUCAUAUCUUCUAAUUUUUGGCCUCCAAUACAGGAUGAGCCAGUUAACCUGCCAGAAUCUGUCGACCAGCUCCUUACUGAGUAUGCAACGAGAUUUCAUGAAACAAAAACCCCUCGUAAGCUACAGUGGAAAAAAAGUCUUGGGACUGUCAAGUUGGAGUUGCAGUUUGAUGAUAGGAUAAUGCAGUUCACAGUGGCCCCUGUACAUGCAUCAAUCAUUAUGCAAUUUCAAGAUCAAAAGAGUUGGACUUCUAAAAACCUUGCGGCUGCUAUUGGAAUCCCAGUGGAUGCAUUGAGUAGGAGAAUACAUUUUUGGAUAAGCAAGGGGAUCAUUUCAGAGUCGGCUGGGGUAGAUACCUCUGAUCAUGUAUACACCAUUAUGGAAAGCAUGGCUGAGACAAGUAAGAAUGGAGCUGGUAGUAGUGGUAUCCAGGAACUUCUAGGGGGCGAUGAGGAAGAAGAAAGAUCCGUCUCCUCUGUGGAGAAUCAACUUCUUAAGGAGAUGACUGUAUAUGAGAAAUUUAUCAUGGGCAUGCUCACAAACUUUGGUAGCAUGGCACUAGAUCGAAUUCACAAUACACUCAAGAUGUUUUGUAUUGCUGAUCCCCCAUAUGACAAGUCACUCCAACAGUUACAAAGCUUUUUAUCAGGUCUAGUCUCUGAGGAGAAAUUAGAGCUUAGGGAUGGAAUGUACUUUCUAAAGAAGUAACAUGCUUACACAUUAUGGGAGUGCAAUCAUCCCUUGCUUCGUGAAUUUUGAUAAAAGUGAAAUUGUAAAAUGUUUCUCAUC